AUGGGUAAACUUCUCCCUCGCCUAAAGGAUAAAGACCUUUUGGGCUUCGGCAAAAGCAUUUCACGCCUUCGGUCGGUGAAGCGGCAACCUGAGUUGGACGGCUCAACUACCGAGAAAGCAUGUGCCAGCUAUGAAAGCUAUCUGCAGCGCAAAGGCACAAAGAAGUUAAUCGGCCAGAGGCAGCCAGGCCCACACGCUGCAUCAGAUAUAUCAUCCGACCAGCUUGCCGACCCAACUCACCUCCUGCCUACAUAUACUCUCCGGACGCUUGUCCGCGUUGAAUUGAAGGUCUAUCGAUGGAACUACCGCAAAGUUAUUGAAGAUGCACAUAAUUUGUAUGAGUUUGGUAAAACUGGGCCAAACUAUAGGCAAAAAUGA